GCUCACUAGGAUAUCCACAUUGAGAGCUUUGCUCUGAAACAAGAGCAGAGACUCUCUGCCAGAGAGCCAAACGGAGCAGGCGCGGCGCUCGAGCGUCUCAUGAAGUCAGUUUGACCGUCUGUGCGCCAGACCGAUUUGGGGAACAAAUCCUAGCUGAGAAUCUCGCUAUAUCGUGGGAAGAGAUGAUCCUGUCCUCGGGACUGACAUAACGGUUAAAGGGUGACUCAGUGAACAUGGCCACAAAUUCCAUCCACUGGUUCCGGAAGGGCCUCCGUCUCCAUGACAACCCUGCACUUCAGGAGGCAGUAUGUGGGGCAGACACUGUUCGAUGUGUCUACUUCCUGGAUCCCUGGUUCUCUGGGUCCUCCAACCUUGGGGUCAACAGAUGGAGAUUUCUCCUGCAGUGCCUGGAUGAUCUUGAUUCCAAUCUAAGAAAACUCAAUUCCCGCCUUUUUGUCAUCCGAGGACAACCAGCCAAUGUUUUUCCACGCCUUUUCAAGGAAUGGGAAAUAUCCAGGUUGACCUUCGAGUAUGACUCAGAACCGUUUGGGAAGGAGAGGGAUGCAGCUAUUAAAAAGCUUGCGAUGGAGGCUGGGGUUGAAGUCGUUGUCAAGAUCUCACACACCCUAUACAACCUUGAUAGGAUCAUUGAACUAAAUGGUGGUCAGCCUCCCCUCACUUACAAACGGUUCCAGACACUGAUCAGCCGAAUGGAUCCACCAGAGAUGCCAGUGGAAACCCUCUCCAAUACUAUUAUGGGCUGCUGCGUCACACCUGUCUCUGAAGACCAUGGAGACAAAUAUGGUGUGCCAUCGCUAGAAGAACUUGGAUUUGACAUCGAGGGACUACCUUCUGCUGUCUGGCCAGGAGGUGAAACAGAAGCAUUAACAAGGAUUGAAAGGCAUCUGGAGCGAAAGGCUUGGGUUGCAAAUUUUGAAAGACCCAGAAUGAAUGCCAACUCUUUGCUAGCCAGUCCGACUGGCCUGAGUCCCUACCUCCGUUUCGGCUGCCUCUCCUGCCGCCUCUUCUAUUUCAAACUCACAGACCUCUAUAGGAAGGUAAAGAAAAACAGCACUCCUCCGCUUUCCCUGUAUGGUCAACUUCUGUGGAGGGAAUUUUUCUACACUGCUGCCACCACCAACCCUCGAUUUGAUAAGAUGGAAGGCAACCCAAUCUGUGUGCGCAUUCCCUGGGACAAGAACCUAGAGGCUUUGGCCAAAUGGGCUGAAGCUAAGACAGGUUUUCCAUGGAUUGAUGCCAUUAUGACCCAGCUGAGGCAGGAGGGCUGGAUCCACCACUUGGCCCGUCAUGCUGUCGCUUGUUUUCUCACUCGUGGAGACCUGUGGAUCAGUUGGGAAGAGGGCAUGAAGGUGUUCGAGGCGCUCCUAUUGGAUGCUGACUGGAGUGUAAAUGCAGGCAGCUGGAUGUGGCUCUCCUGUAGCUCUUUCUUUCAACAGUUCUUUCAUUGCUACUGUCCAGUGGGUUUCGGCAGGUGCACCGACCCUAAUGGCGAUUUCAUUAGACGAUAUUUACCUAUUCUCAGAGGAUUCCCUGCGAAAUAUAUCUAUGACCCUUGGAACGCCCCAGACUCUGUGCAGGCCGCUGCCAAGUGCAUCAUCGGUGUCCACUACCCCAAACCCAUGGUGAACCAUGCUGAAGCGAGCCGCCUCAACAUCGAGAGGAUGAAGCAGAUCUACCAACAGCUUUCACGCUACAGAGGACUUGGACUUCUGGCCUCCGUACCAUCCACACACAACGGGAAUGGGAAUGGGAUGUCGUACUCCCCAGGGGAACAGCAGUCCGGGACCAAUACACCAACACCAACUGUGUCAGGCGGUUCCAGUGGUAACAGGAGUGGAAGUAUUCUGCUGAACUUUGACAGUGAAGUGUAUCAGGGACCAAGUGGAAUUCAGCAACAACAACAGCAGCAGCGGCAGCAAUUAGGAUACCACCACAUGCCCGACACAGGGCACAGCAGUCAACUUUACAAAUGUAAUGUCUCACACGACAUGGCAGGUCCACAACAUUCAGCAGGACACCUGCUGCACUCAGGAGGAAGUGUGAGAGGUAAGAGGGAACGAGAGUCGGAACAAGAUCUUGAUGGUGAAGAUGACACCCUCUCCACCUCUCACAAGUUACAACGGCAAAUUGCAGAGGUCACGUCGGUUCAUGCUACCAGCGGGAACCAGUCAAGUAUGAAGAGUUAGAUGGACGUAUCAUCGUACUGAGCAGAGCAGAUUCAAACCAAGACCGCAGUCUGAAGGGGACUGACUUUAAAUCUGGUUUCCUUUAAACAAGUCAUAUUUGGGGAUUUAUUUUAUUUUAUUUUUUAGUUUUUUCUUCCGUUUUUCCCCAUCUCUUUUUCCCUUUUCUUACAUGUUCAAUUGAGAUGAAUAUUAACUGAGAAUUUAUUUUGAUCAGUUAAUAAAAUUCAGUUGCUUUAAAAAGAAGUGAAUGAUUUCACAUCCAUUGACAGACAAAAACAACCAUAAAAAGAUUUUUCCUUGGUAAACCCCUUUCUUUCUCUUUUGCCCAUCUUUGCACAGGUUAGGGUUUAUUUAAUCUUAAGUGAACCAUACCAAGUGGGAUAUAUUUAUCAGCUUUUACCAAGCAUGAUAAAGCUGAGCUUUAUUGUACACUCAUUGCAGCUAGGAUUUUGUGAGGAUUUUUACAGUUUGAUUGGCACCAGCACCAGCCAUAGGUUGGAACCACAAACUACAACCAUCACACAACACUUUUGUACAUUUUUCUCUGACAUUUUCUCAUUGUACAAUUUCACUGAUUCUCAGUAGAGUGGUGUACGUGCCACUUUUUGUAAACAGAAAAAUUUAUACAGGUAUAUUUUAUAUAUUGGUGUUUCGUUCUUUGCCAGUUCAAUGUAUUAGUGUUUACUCAGAAAAUCCAUAUAUAAAUAAAUAUUAAAUACCAGCAGAGCGGACAAUUUAAAAUUGGGUUUAAAGAUUUCUAAAUUUUAAAAUCAUCUACAUAAAAUUGUUGCUUAACUGGUUUUUAACCUUGAACCCAUUUGUAAAUUUGAUCAGGGACAGAGCUGUGGUGGAAUGUGGUUCUUGAAUGUUUUUAAAUGGGCUACAAUGGCCCAUUAAAUGCAUCUGUAGAUUAGCUACAGUAUCUUCUUCAUUGUCAUGCUUGGCAGACACACACAGACAGCUGAUCUUCGCGGUCGGGCCUUAAACACUGAUUAAAAACGCCAACCUAAACUCUGCCAAAGCCAGGAAAUGACACUGGAAAAGAACAUUUUCCUAGCUCAACAUCGAUCACUACAGUACAUCUAUGAAAUAAAGCUUUAUGGAUCUUUAGGAAGGAAAUGUUUGGAAAUGAAGACACCCUGUUGUAUCUGUGACCCUUAAGACUUCUUAGCAGAUUAUACAUGCAUUUUU